AUGGACCGCGUCCAGUGGCGCGAGUCAAAGUGGCUCGCGGUCAUCGACCGCCACGGUAUCGCGUCUCGAGCCCGAGCGAGGCAACCUCGGAGACGAGCCGACGCGCGAGACGCGCGUCGUGCUCUCGACGCUCGCGACGCCGACGCUGCUUGCUCAACGCUCAUGUGGACUUACCAGGUGUUGGAUAAGAGUUUUGGAGGGGCUGGCAUGCCCGCCUCGCGUCUCGACGUGGUGCCGUCCUUCUGGACCAGGCCCGGACCCGUACCAACGCAGCAAGACCGCUGGCCGCACACCCGCCUCCCCUCGCGUCCUCCCGACAUCGGAAUCGAGAACGCCGUCGCGUUCUCGAUUUCGAUGUCACACCCGACGCCCUUCGUCUCCAGGAAACUAACGGUACCGGCGUCGCGCAAAACGGCGGCGCCGUUCUUGUUCUAUUUCAUUUUUUCUAUUUUACUACCCCCUCCCCCUGUCCCUCCCUCCGCGCUUCCUCGGUCACCUACCUUCGGAUAG